GUGGAUUUUUGUUAUUUUUUAACUUUCUAACGUUGUUUGUAUGAAUAGUUAUUCAAAGGCGAAAUUGCCUGCGAUUUUGAUGGGACAGACGGAAUAACAUCUCAGCGGGCAUCUUUAAAGACAGCAGACUGAUCAACACUAGCCCCAACAGGCAGUACAUGUGGGGAGUUGGGCUCACAGAGGAAGAUCAAAUCAUUUCUGAUGGAGUGUCACGAUAAUCCUGACAUGUGGCAGCUAUUGGUGAGUAAAGAAGAAAAUUUCACCAACCAGCAGGAUUGGAAUUCGAGUCUUCACCAGAAAGACAUUAAAGAGGAACAAAACAUACUCUCCAUAAAUCAGGAGGAACAGCAACUUCAUCAGCUGGAAGAAGCUGGUAUCAUGAAUUUCCCUUUCACUGUUAUCACUGUGAAGAAUGAAAGUGAUGAAGAAAGCACACAGUCAUCAGUUCAUCAGAGGCAAACUGAUAAGAUAACAGAGGUAGAGUCCCCACCCAGCAGCUCAGCUGCAUACAGAACACUGAUAUCACAAGCUGAUGGAGAGGAUUAUAGAGGACUGCAAUCAGCCAGCAGCUCAGGUCCAUAUCAUACUUUGCAACAAGAUACAAAUGGUGGGAGUUCAAACAGUUCUGGGACUGACACUGACGACAGUUGCGAAUGGAAUCAGUCUCAUGAAAUUCAUUCAGGUUUAAACUUUCUGACAAACCAUGAUAUCUCUGUUCACAAUAGUGGGUGUAUCACUAUGGAACAGUGUCAUUCCCCUGCAUCUGCAGACAGUUCUUGUCACAUGAACUAUUCAAAGAAACACAAGAGAAUUCAAGCUAGUAAUAAACAAUUUAGUCUUGAGUGUAGUAUAAACCGGAGACAAAAGGACAAUAUGAACAAACACACACAAGAUAAAGUGUUUGGCUGUUCUGAAUGUGGUAAAAUGUUUGGAAGGAAGCAACAUCUGAGUGAACACAUGAAAAGUCACACAAGAGAGAAACCAUUUGGCUGUUCUGAGUGUGAAGAAAGAUUUGGAAGAAAGGAUAUUCUGAACAGACACAUGAGAAUUCAUACAGGAGAGAAACCAUUUGGGUGUUCUGAGUGUGGCGAAAGAUUUGGAAGAAAGGACACUCUGAUCACUCACACAAGAAUUCAUACAGGAGAGAAGCCAUUUGUCUGUUCAGAGUGUGGUGAAAGAUUUGGACAAAAGAACAAUCUUAAUGUUCACAUGAAAAUUCAUAAAGGAGAGAAACCAUUUAGUUGCCAUGAGUGUGGUGACCGAUUUGGAAGGAAGGACGCGCUGGACACACACAUGAGAAUUCAUACUGGAGAGAAACCAUUUUGCUGUACAGACUGCGGUAAAAGAUUUGGACUUAAAAGCAACCUUAACACCCAUAAGAGAAUUCAUACAGGAGAAAAACCAUUUAGAUGUUCUGUUUGUGGUGAAAGAUUUGGAAGAAAAGACAUUCUGAACAUACACAUGAGAAUUCAUACGGGUGAUAAACCAUUUAGCUGUUCUGAGUGUGGUGAAAGAUUUGGAAGAAGAGACCUGCUGAACAUGCAUAUGAGAAUUCAUAAAAGUGAUAAACCAUUUGUCUGUUCUGAAUGUGACGAAAGGUUUAGAAGAAAGGACUUGCUGAACACACACAUGAGGAUUCACAGAGGACAGGAACAUUUGGCUGUUCUGACUACUACACUCACCCCAACAGGCAGUACAUGUGGGGAGUUGGGCUCACAGAGGAAGCUCAAAUCAUUUCUGAUGGAGUGUCACGAUAAUCCUGACAUGGGGCAGCUGUUGGUGAGUAAAGAAGAAAAUUUCACCGACCAGCAGGAUUGGAAUUCGAGUCUUCACCAGAUAGACAUUAAAGAGGAACAAAACAUACUCUCCAUAAAUCAGGAGGAACAGCAACUUCACCAGCUGGAAGAAGCUGGUAUCAUGAAAUUCCCUUUCACUGUUAUCACUGUGAAGAAUGAAAGUGAUGAAGAAAGCACACAGUCAUCAGUUCAUCAGAGGCAAACUGAUAAGAGAACAGAGGUAGAGUCCCCACCCGGCAGCUCAGCUGCAUACAGAACACUGAUAUCACAAGCUGAUGGAGAGGACUAUAGAGGACUGCAAUCAGCCAGCAGCUCAGGUCCAUAUCAUACUUUGCAACAAGAUACGAAUGAUGGGCGUUCAAACAGUUCUGGGACUGACACUGAUGACAGUUGCGAAUGGAAUCAGUCUCAUGAAAUUCAUUCACGUUUAAACUUUCUGACAAACCGUGAUAUCUCUGUUCACAAUAGUGGGUGUAUCACUAUGGAACAGUGUCAUUCCCCUGCAUCUGCAAACAGUUCUUGUCACAUGAACUAUUCAAAGAAACACAAGAGAAUUCAAGCUAGUAAUAAACCAUUUAGUCUUGAGCGUAGUAUAAACCGGAGACAAAAGGACAAUAUGAACAAACACACACAAGAGAAAGUGUUUGGCUGUUCUGAAUGUGGUAAAAUGUUUGCAAGGAAGCAAAAUCUGAGUGAACACAUGAAAAGUCACACAAGAGAGAAGCCAUUUGGCUGUUCUGAGUGUGAAGAAAGAUUUGGAAGAAAGCAUAUUCUGAACAGACACAUGAGAAUUCAUACAGGAGAGAAACCAUUUGGGUGUUCUGAGUGUGGUGAAAGAUUCGGAAGAAAGGACACUCUGAUCACUCACACAAGAAUUCAUACAGGAGAGAAGCCAUUUGUCUGUUCAGAGUGUGGUGAAAGAUUUGGACUAAAGAACAAUCUUAAUAUUCACAUGAAAAUUCAUAAAGGAGAGAAACCAUUUAGUUGCCAUGAGUGUGGUGACCGAUUUGGAAGGAAGGACGUGCUCAACGCACACAUGAGAAUUCAUACUGGAGAGAAACCAUUUUGCUGUACAGACUGCGGUAAAAGAUUUGGACUUAAAAGCAACCUUAACACCCAUAAGAGAAUUCAUACAGGAGAAAAACCAUUUAGAUGUUCUGUUUGUGGUGAAAGAUUUGGAAGAAAAGACAUUCUGAACAUACACAUGAGAAUUCAUACGGGUGAUACACAGAACACUGAUAGCAGAAGCUGAUGGAGAGGACGAUGGAGGACCACUGCCAGCCAACAACUCAGGUCCAAACAGUCAUUUACAACCAGAUGCCAGUGGCAGGAGUUCAGACAGUUCUGGAACUGAGACUGAUGAGUGACAAAAGCUCUAAAUAUGGAAAAGCAUCUGGUCACAUUAACAGCUCAGAGCAACAAACGAAGCGGCAAACAAGAAGAAAACCAUUUAGCUGUUCUGAUCAGAGAAAAAUACUGAAACAGAAGGACACUGUGAA